AUGACCCCUUCGAGUCAGCGUGACGAAGUGCAGCCAGCGUUAGCUCCCUCCUACCUGCUUUCCACCAUCCCAACCAGUGCGCAGAUAGCAAGUCCUCCUCCAGCUAACGAAAACACAGCUCAACGGGCAUCAGACCAUAGAACCAAACACCGUUUCACAGCUCCACUCACCGUCACACCCUCGCUAUCAAAACCAGCGCCGUACAAGGAAGGCUUAGUCCCCGCUACAUCGGUACUGCGUCCUCAUUGCCUAGCCAGGGAUCGGCUCAAACUGUGGCGCCCAGUUGAAAGCAGAUCAUUAAGAAACGCUGACGGGAAGAUUCUCGCAAUAACGGACGAAGACUUACAACGCGUCCUCACAGUGAUGAAUUCAGCGUGGACGCAGAGCACGAGAGAAUCGUAUGGUGCCGGGUUAUUGGUUUAUCACGUCUUCUGUGACACGAGAAGCGUCCCAGAACUUCAAAGGUGUCCUGCAGACACACUCACAAUCCUCGCUUUCGUUGCGAGCUGUGCCGGAGCUUACGCAGGACGAACCUUGGCGAAUUAUGUGUUUGCUAUCCGCGCAUGGCAUGUCCUUCAUGGACAUACGUGGGCCAUUCAACAACACCAAUUAAAGUCCGCAUUGGACGGUGCAGCAAUUCAGGCCCCCCCAGACUCCAAGCGCGCUAAGAGAGAACCCUUUACAAUCAAUUCCAUUAUCCAAAUCAGAGCGCAUCUAGACCUCCACGCACCUCUUGAUACAGCGGUAUUCGCAUGCCUAACUAGCGCCUUUUACUCUCUCGCUCGGCUCGGAGAACUAACUGUCAAAUCCAUCAAGAUUUUCACGCCUCAGGAGCACGUGAAACGAGCAGACGUUAGAAUGGAUUGCGAAGAUCGAAAUGGGUUACGGGUCUCGAAGAUCCACGUACCACGUACGAAGACGUCAACUACAGGUGAAGAUAUCUAUUGGGCACGACAGUCAGACAGCACAGAUCCAGAAGCAGCUCUAAUCCAACACUUCACAAUCAAUGAGCCCUUACCCAAUGAUCACCUCUUCACGUGGAGACACCCCAAAGGCCCGCGUCCCUUAACGCGAGGCGCGUUCUUAAAAAGGAUCGCUAGCAUCGCGAAACAAGGAGGAUGUCCUGACCUCAAAGGACACGGUAUUCGCAUUGGGGGGACGUUAGAGUACUUGCUCCGCGGAAUUCCAUUCGACGUCGUCAAGUCUAUGGGAAGGUGGUCGAGUGAAGCUUUCACCAUCUACCUGCGUGAUCACGCCCUCAUCAUGGCCCCAUACCUGCAAGAUACUCCCAUCAUUGAACCCUUCACGCGAUACACCAUGCCAGUGAUGCGCUAA